AGCAGACAAUAACGUUAGCGUUCCUUGCCACAAAUAGUUAAAGACAGGUCCGUUGAUUUAGGUCAUUCUUUAAAUAUGUGCAGUAAAAUGUCUUCAGUUCAACUACAGGGACAGAUUAACAACGAAGAGUUACCUGAUGCCGAAGCAACGCUCUCUGAGUUUAAAGAAAUAAUCGUCAAGUCGGAAGAAGAGAUCGAUGAAUGGCGCCGACUGGUGGAUUUUAGCCGGACACCCAAGAUCAUUUUACACCGAAUAGAUCUCCCACAAAAUUGUGUGGUCAAAGAGGAGGAGGAUACCAGUGAGCUGAGGCAUCAGGAGGGGAACUCCACUAUAGUUAAGGAGGAACCAGAACCUCUGCAGAUUAAACAAGAGCAAGAAAACCCAGAACAUCAAGAGUUCAAAGAAGAAGAGAAGAAGCAAUCGAUCUGCUCGUCAUUCUGCAUCCAUCAGGAGGAAGAGCAGUUUGUGUUAAAACAGGAGCCUGAUUUCAUUUUGGGGAAUCCUUUUAAUGUGCAAAAAAGCUACAAUGAAAGCAACCCAAACAGGGACCAGCUGAUCUCGUGGGCCUCCUCUGAAUAUGAGAACCAGAAUAAGGAAGGAAGCAGUUCUGAAGACCAAGGAAUAAAUGGAGAUGAAGAGCAAAAACAAAAUGAAGGAUCCCAGAAAACCAAAGAGCAGAAAUGCACUGCUGACAGUUCAAAACAAAACACAGCCAAGAGAACUCACAGAGCGGAGAAGCGAUUCUCAUGUACUAUUUGUGGAAAGAGUUGCAAUAAAACAUCUAUUUUAAAACGACACAUGAGAACUCACACAGGCGAGAAGCCUUUCACAUGUGCAACCUGUGGAAAGGAUUACAGUGACAAGUGUAGUUUACUUUAUCACAUGAGAAUUCACACAGGUGAGAAACCUUACUUGUGUGAGACCUGUGAAAAACGUUUUAGGACUAGAUCUAAUUUAACUCGUCAUAUGAGAUCUCACACAGGUGAGAAGCCUUUCUCAUGUACUACCUGCAGAAAACGUUACAGUCAACGAAGUGCUUUAACAUAUCACAUGAAAACUCACACAGGUGAGAAGCCUUUUUCAUGCACAACCUGUAAAAAGAGUUAUACUCAAAGAAGCGGUUUGAGCUAUCACAUGACCACUCACACAGGCAAGAGGCCUUUCUCAUGUAUGACCUGUGAAAAAUGGUUCAUCAGCAGAUGCAACUUAGUUCGUCACAUGAGAACUCACACAAAGGAGAAGCCCUUCUCAUGCGCAACUUGUGGAAAAAGAUUUACAACAAAUUAUAGUUUAACUCUUCACACCAGAGGUCAUACAGGUGAGAAACCUUUCUCCUGUAUUGCGUGUGGAAAAAGUUUUGGUCAUAAAAGCAUUUUAAGAAUUCACAUGAGAACUCACACUGGUGAGAAGCCUUUUUCUUGUAUCACUUGUGGAAAGAGAUUCAGUCACAGGAGCCUUUUAACAAUUCACACAAGAAGUCACACAGGGGAAAAGCCUUUCACUUGUGUUACCUGUGAAAGAAGUUUCCGUGAUAGAAGCCUUUUAACAAUCCACAUGAGAAGUCACACAGGAGAGAAGCCUUUCCCAUGCACUGCAUGUGGAAAAAGUUUCAGUCAUAAAACAAUUUUGAAUCGUCACAUGAGAACGCACACAGGUGAGAAGCCUUUCACCUGUGUUACUUGUGGAAAGAGUUUCAGCGGAAGAAAUGGUUUCACUCUACACAUAAGAAGUCACACAGGCGAUAAGCCUUUCUCAUGUACGACCUGUGGGAAACGUUACUAUGAAAGAAGUGGUUUAGCUUAUCACAUGAGAACUCACACAGAUGAGAAGCCGUUCGUUUGUGCUACGUGUAAAAAGGGUUUCAGAACACGAUCUGUUUUGACACGUCACAUGAGAACUCACACUGGUGAGAAGCCUUACUCAUGCAGUACUUGUGGAAGGAGUUUCAACCAUAAAUCUGUUUUAAUAUGUCACGUGAGGACUCAUACUGGUGAGAAGCCUUUCCCAUGUACAACCUGUGAAAAAAGGUUCUCCUCUGGAGGCAAUUUAUCACGACACAUGAGGACUCACACAGGUGAAAUGAGGUAACGCUAAACCUACAAUUUGACAAUGCUUGGUAACUUCCUGUGUUGAAGGUGUAGUAAUUGACAUGGCGGUCCAGACAAAGCUCUAACCAACACUGUAGUUAAGGAAUCCUUAACUGAGGUAUGGUGUCUGAUCAACAAGGUGACCGGCACUAAUUGUUUUCUACAAGUCGGUGAGGUUAUUUCAGACAGAAUUCUUACAUCAAAUAUGCCUUUGUAAAACAAUAUUCCCAUAACGUAGUAAGAGAGAGGGAAAGACAGAGCAAGGCUGCUCGUAAGCAGCAGCUACUAUUUAGCUUAUAUAAAUAUAAUUUAUCUAUUUGUUUUUUUUAAAACAUGAUAGAAAUUAAUAUAUGGACUGGUAGGCUACAAAUAUAUUACCCAUUGGGGUUGAUAAGCUUUUCUGAAUCAUUAUUUUUAUCUCUUAGUUUCUGUUUUGGGAUGCAAAUACUGCUGACUGACAACAGCACAGACAUAAGUUAGGUUUAGAUUAGGGAUGGGCAAGUAUUUGCAGUUGCAAUAUAAUAAUGAUAAUUAAAUCAAAUCAUAAAGGUCAGUUUUUACCUCAAAUGACUCUUAGGCAUGGGUCGGUAUAUAAUACUGAUGGUAUAUCAGCCUUAUGUAAAAAGUAUUAUGGAAUCAGUAUUAUGAUCAUAUUGCAAAAUUGUGUUAUUUCAAAAUGUCUAAAUUUAAAAAGAUGUUUGUAAAAGUUACUUGUCUUUGAAAGACAUCUAGGACAUGAGAUAGAAGAAAUAUGAAUUAAUUUUAAUUGUAAUGCUAUUUAAUAAAGAUAAAUACAUGCAGUACUUAAUGAAAUCCUUAAAUCAAAACUCUGUCUUAACAGUUUUGGGGACUUGCUCAAUAAUUGAAAUAUCUCUUAGUCAAGGUUAUGAUUCAUGAAUGUAAGCGUGUUAGCUUUCUCUGUAUUUAGCUUUUAGCUGUAAGGUCUAACCCCAAAAUCCCACAACCGCCCCGCUCUGUUCCUCUCCGCUCCAGACCGCCUACAGCCUCCAUGGUUCCUCCUGUCUUGCUCUGCUCUUAGUUAUUUGGAGCUCGAGGAGAGAAUGUGCGAAUCAGUGCUGUUACCAGCUGUCUGACUCGGUAACACGGUUGUAAUUGUUUAACACUUAUACAUGAUGCUAGGGGUAGCUUGUGCAUUUCAAGACAGCAUGGCUUUCCCUUGAAGUUAGCUUGCAAUCAUUGGCAAUGUUUCUGCAGAUAAGCCAUCAUGUUGGUGUUCCCUCCUUUGGCUGCUAAUGUUCUAAAGCUUGACUUGCAGGUCAGAUACCACCCUCCUUCAAGCCUUUAUUGUUCGACUUCAUGUGGUAGCCUAAAUACUCAAACAUGGCUGACUAUUCUUUUAAAAGUUAAAAGUGGGCAGAGGUUUGGAGCAUUCACCUACUGCUGUCAUAAAUCUACCUGCAAAACUAGCAGCUACAAGGCUGCACCGUGCACGCAACCUGAGUGAUCUGACCCAAUUGUCUCUGGCGAGAGAUACAUUUUAAAAAAGCACUACUGACAACAUUACAGAAAACUUAAAUGUUUUUGAAACUUGACUUUUUCAUACCGGGCAACACAGGGUACCUUCUCACUGCAGGCUUUAAUGUUCAAUUCCGAUUUUUUUUGUGAAAUCCGAUUCUUUUUGCCUGAUUGUUCACAUUUCCGUAUAUAUGCAACUUGUAUGUGAUCUCCUGUGUGAACUGCAUUCACACAACUUAAGUGUCUCACUUGUGUAGUAGAGGAUGAGGUCUCUGUAUUUAUGGAGAUAAACAUGGUGGGUAGUGCUGGAGCAUCUUGCAAUCUUUCAUUUCUUUCCCAACCUCAGCCAGUGCAUCAACAACACAAACUUUUCAAAAUGGUUGAAAAUAAAGACUGCUUUCCGCAUUAUUGCCCGCUAUGGUUGUUGUUUUUCUUCUCACUUCUGUGUAGCAAGACAGAAUAGGGACCUUUGUUGAAUAUUAAUGAAGUACAAGUCGGAUGAAUGCGACCUGGCCAUUCAGACACAGGUCACAUUUGAAAAGACUAUAUACAUAUGAUUCAGGACCAGAAAGCCAAAUGGGCCUGGGUCGCAUUGGAAAGAAAUCUGUGUUGUUCAGACAGACAUGAAAAGAUCAGAUACAGGUCACAUAUGGGCAAAAAGAUCAGAUUUGGGUCACUUCAUGCUGCUGUUUGUACGACUGCAGCCUUAGAAACAGGUGACCAGCCCAUGCCUAACUGCAUUUAACUACAGUAAGGCACCGACCUUCUCACUCCAGCCUUUAAGUGGCAGGAAAGUGGGUUUCCAGCCACAUAGAAAGACCGAGUUACAACUAACAGGCAGAAGUAAGCCCUUUUUCACCUGAGAUGUUUUGCCUUUUAAUGUUAAAAUAUUUUGCUUGACUUAACAUUUGGUAAAGCUAAUCUAAAUGGUGACCUCCUUUACGUUUGUAACUUUUUCAUUCAUCACACAAAAGUUUGAAGAAGUUUUAUCUUCUUGGUUAAAGAAAUGUAUUAAUGAAAAAGAUUAA